AUGGUGGAGGUGCUAGCAGGCCUGCUAAUAGGAGCCACACCACUCGGCCACUUCUUCCUCCCCGCCUCCUCCUCUGCUGCUGCUGCCUCCUCUCUCCCAGCCUCCUCGUGGCUCUUCAGCCCUGCCACUGCUGGCAUCCUGCACGGCCUCAUGGAGGCCCUGAGGCUCUUCAGCCCUGCCACUGCCGGCAUCCUGCACGGCCUCAUGGAGGUGAGGGGGGCAGUGAAAGGAAGGCAGCAGCCAUUCUCGGCCCUUACCACCCCGGGCAUGAGAGAAACACUAGUGGAGCCACUCCCCUCUGCUGCUGUCGCUGCACCUGGUGCCAGUGCUGCUGCUGCUGCUGGUGGGAGUGGAGGGGGAGGAGGAAGUGGUGGGGGUGGGGGUGGUCAGAGUGGAGGAGUUACGAGUGGUGCUGGUGGGUUAGGAGGAGGUGGGGGUGGCAGCAUUGCGAGUGAAGCAGCAGCCACAACACUUUCUUCGUCUGCUUUGUCUUCUGCUUCUUCUGCUUCUUCUGCUUCUUCUCCCUCCUCCUCCGAUGCUGCGAUGCCAUCCUUGCAAGAUGAUAGGGCGCUCUGGGUGGUGUGUGCUGUGCGCCUGCUGCUGCUGCCCAUGCUUGGGACCGUCGCAGUCACGAGGAGAGGGGAGGUCCCUUCCCUGCCCAUGCUUCCUCCCUCUCUCCUCCUCCCUCUCCUCUUCCUCCCUCUCCUUUUCCCACCCCUCUCUUUCCGUCCUCUCCUCUCCACUCCUCCCUCGCUUUCCAUCCUCUCCUCUUCCUCCCGCUCACUUCCAAGCCCUCUUUUUCCGUCCUCUUCUCGACCUCUCUCUCUCUUCCACUCCCUCCUUUUCCACCCUCUCCUUCUCCUUCCUCUCUCUUCCGCUCCCUAUCUUUCCAUCCUCUCAUCAUCCUCCCUCUCUCUUUCCGUCGUCUCCUCUGCCUCCCUAUCUCUUUCACCUUGUCCCUUUCAACCCUCUCCUUGGCCUCUCCUUGUCCUAUCUCUUCAACCCCCUCCCUUUUUCUCCCACUCCCUCCCUUCCACCCUCUUCUACUCGUCCCUCUCACUUCCACCCUUCCCCUUGACAAUCUCCUCUUUCUGCACCCCCCUUUCCGCCCUCCACUUUCCAUGCUCCCCUUUCCUCCCUCCCCUUCCCGCCCUCCCACUUUCUGCCCUCCCCUUCCCGCCCUCCCACUUUCCGCCCUCCCCUUCCCGCCCUCCCAAUUUCCGCCCUCCCCUUGCAUCUCAGGCACUAUACAAUGCCAAAUUGAUCCCACAAGACCUCAUCUAUGCAGACCUCCAUGCCAUCAGCUCAGAAUCUCAUGCUCAUGUCCUCCUCGCUCCUCAUCUCUCUUCCUUUCUCCUCCUCGCUCCUCAUCUCUCCUCCUCGCUCCUCAUCUCUCCUCCUUUCUCCUCCUCUCUCCUCCUUUCUCCUCCUCUCUCCUCCUUUCUCCUCCUCUCUCCUCAUCUCUCCUCCUCUCUCAUCAUCUCCCCUCCUCUCUCCUAUCUCCUCCUCACGGCCCCCCUCUCCCCUCAGAUCCAAACCGCCAUGCUGUCGGCACAGAAUCUCGUGCUCAUGGCGCAGCUCAGCCCAGCCACCAAGCCUCUAGCAGGAAUGCUGGCGUCCCUGAUGCUACGACAGCUCAGCCCAGCCACCAAGCCUCUAGCAGGAAUGCUGGCGUCCCUGAUGCUUCGACAGUGUGGAUCACAGUCUCCUCCACCUAACUUCCACCUCUCCCCCUCUCUUGCAUCCCUCCCCUCCUUCCCCUGCAAUAUGCCAUUGCCAUUGCCACUUAUGCCAUUGCCAUGCUCCCUAUCACAGUGUGAAUCACAGUCUCCUCCACCUAACUUCCACCUCUCCCCCUCUCUUGCAAAACCCCCCACCUCCCCACCCUCUCCCCCUCUCUUGCAACCCUUCCCCCUGCAGUACGCCAUUGCCAUGCUCCCAAUCACAGUGUGGAUCACGGUCUUCCUCUCGCGACUCAACAUGGCCAUAUGA